GGGAGUCGGUUCUUGUUUGACGACUUUCAGGAGCCGCCGAUGAACGAAUGAGAAAAAGGAGAGCCUUAAAAACACAAAUUGAAGUGGACGACCUGUACAUUUGAUACCUGUUAAUGUCGCUUCUAAUUUCGAGUUUCCAAAUCGCGGCUCGAAUUGGUGAAAGCUCAGCGCGGCCCGUCAAUCACUCUGUAUUUCCGAUUUUGGGGUUGGACCGCUGGUUAUAGUUUCCGACCAUGACUCUCCGGGCCUGUGGAUUGAUCAUUUUCAGGAGAUUGAAUGCGGGAUCAACUUCCAAACCUCAGGAAAUCGAGUUCCUACUUUUACAGACUUCUUAUGGGAGGCAUCACUGGACGCCUCCUAAAGGGCAUGUUGAUCCAGGCGAAGAUGACCUUAAAACUGCAUUUCGUGAAACUGAGGAAGAAGCAGGACUAAAAAGCAAGGAUUUUAAUGUGCUUGAUGGAUACAAAAAAGAAAUUAUAUACAAAGUGAAUAAUAAACCCAAAACUGUUAUCUAUUGGCUGGCAGAACUAAAGGAUUAUAAUGCAGAAAUAAAACUCUCUGAUGAGCACCAGACAUUCUGCUGGUUAAAUGUGGAUGAGGCCUGUAAACUUGCUAAGUAUCAAGAAAUGCAGGAAGCAUUGAGGGAAGCACACCAGUUCAUCUCAACAAAUAAAUAAGAACAGGUUCUUUGGAAAAGGAAAGGGCCUAGAAUGUUUGUUAAAAUUUUUGAAGGUUUCUUCCUCCUCUUUAAUUCUACAUUGCUCUUGUAACUUAAGACAGUGACCCAAUGCAAUUGCACAGGUGUCAACAGGUACACCAAAAGCUUGCUUAAGUAGUCCUUCAUGUGUGAACCUGGACCUUGAAUGUUAUAGGCUACAAAAUGGAAACAUUUUCCUGCCUUUGCCAAAUUCUCUCUCAUACACACACUUUCCUGCAGAAACCUAGCUGGUGACUGAAGAAAGAAAGAUCUUUUAUAAUACCAUUCAUAAAAGUCAGGAUGUCCCAAAGUGCUUCAUAACCAAUUAAUUGCUUUUGAAGUGUAGUCACUGUUGUUAUGUAAGUAAACAUGGAAGCCAAAUUGCACGCAGGAAGGUUCCACAAACAACAUUGAGCUAACUCAGAUACUCUGUUUUAGUGAUGCGGUUGGAGAGAUAAAUAUUGGCCUGGGCACUGGAGAGAACUACCCUACUCUUUGAAUCGUGCCACAGAAUUUUUUUUCUGCAUCAACCUCCAAGAUAAGAUGAGGCCUUGGUUUAACAUCUCAUCUGAAAGAUGGCACCUCUGCAGGGCAGCAUUCUCUGAGCACUGCACUGAACAACCCACAGCCUUCUGACUCAGUGUCAACAGUUAACACUGAACUAGGGCUGAUACCACAAAAAGCAGAUUAACUGGUUAUUCAUCUCAGUUCUAUUUUUAGGACUUCACUGGUCCUUGGCUACCAAGUUUACUUGUAAAACAGCAGAACCUCAUUGGCUGUAAAGCACUUUAGGUUAUUCAGAGGACAUGAAAGGUUCUUAUGUUAACAAAUCCUCUUUCUUUUCAGGUCUUUACUUUGCCAGUCUUCCCUUAGCUACCUAUCUUGAUAUUUCCUGAAUUUUGUAAAUGUGCAAGGUCUUUACCUUUCAAAACCUCCCUGAGCUCUACACAACCUGAGAUUGACUUUUUGCAUUGGCUUCUCAUGUUAUUGAUUGAUAAUCUUGCUGUAUUAUUUUCAGCAGGAGCUAUGGAAGCAUGCUCUCCCCAAUAUAAUCCUUCAUAAUAUGUAGUAUUUCGUAGUUAAAAUAUUAUUUGUUUUCAUUGCAGAUGGAAACAUUCAACAAUGUUAUGAAACCAAAUAUAAUUUUUUGUGGUGAUCUACAUCACAAAUGUCAAAGUGGACAUAACUUGCUGACUAUUUGAAGAACACAAGAAAUAAUCCAGUAUAAGGAUACUUUUUAUUUAUGUUGGAAGGGGAAAGUAAAGUUUUAUUUAAUGUGUUUUCAGCACUACUGAUUUAAAUUUUUUGAUGAACUGUUUUGACUGCGAUUUGUCACAGAAGUAUGCAGUCUUUAACCAUUUAAAAAGUGCAGCAUAAUUCAUUAAUACCAAGCUCUUAAAUAAGAAAACUUUUAUAAACUAGCUUUGCAAAGAUUCUAAUACAAAAGAUAAAUACUACAGAUGCAGGAAAUCUGAAAUGAAAUGAAAAAUGCUGGAAAUACACAACAGGUCUCCCAGCAUUUGUGGAGAGAAAAGACCUGGAAGGCAAAGACCUGAAACAUUGGACUGAAUUUUGCUGAUUACCAGUAAGUCCUGCCGCUGGGGCCAAAAGCAAGAGGUGACCUGCUUCGGUGGGCGACAGUACCCAGGGCGGAAUAUUGCUCAUGAAGAUCAAUUAACAGGCCACUGCCAGGGCUACUGGACCCAAAACUGGCCAUUGCUGAGGCUGUAGCUCCAGGGAGAAGACACCUCAAUGGACGGGUGCCCUUAAAGAGAGUUGAGAUAGUUUGGCUACUUAACACUUGAGCCACCAUCUUUCGCACUACUGACAAUAUGGCAUGGCGGGGGGAAGGGGUCAGGCACCCAGUCCCGGUCCCUUCCCCCACCAUUUUGCUAGCUCUCCCGUCUCUGUUCUCAUCAACGGACCGGAAAAUCUGUUUCUUUCCCCAAAGAUGCUGGCAGACUUGCUGGGUAUUUCCUGUUUCUAUUUGCAAAGAUUUUAUUCUAUGGAAUAUUCUUGGACAUGUAGCAAGUUGAACAAAAAUGUUGUUCACAUCUGUUGUCAGUUUCAAAAUAUAUUUCAUCAAAUUCUGUUA